GGCGGCCUGCCGCGCCGCGGGUGGCGACGGCCUGGGCGGCGCCGGCCAGGGCGGUGACGUGGUGCUGCAGCGGAGGCCGCCUGCCGGGGCACUCGCGGAGGUGGCUGAGAGGGAGGAGAAUUUGGAGCAGCUCUUCCAGGAGCGGGCUGAUGGGGCGCUGGUGACCUCGGCCCAGGAGCACAAGAAGGGGCUCAUGCGCUGGAACGACCCAGAAUGGACGUACUUCGACGUCGCCAUGAUCGGCGUCAGAAGCGGGGACGGCGGCUUAGGCUGCAAGUCCUGGCGCAGAGAGCCAAGAGAACCAUGGGGUGGCCCCAACGGCGGGAACGGCGGCAGGGGCGGCGACGUGUACAUCAGAUGCGACCCAAGAAAGUCCAACCUGUUCAGUCUAAAAGACCAGGGUGUACACCACGCAGCCGGAGAUGGGGGCGCUGGAGAGCCGAGGAUGAAGACUGGCCUAGAAGGAAAGCCCAUCUACGUCGACGUCCCCCCCGGGACCGUGGUGUACGUGCGGGACGCGUGGCUGGCCGGGACCACGAAUGGCCGCUUCGGCCCGGAAGAGAACAAGGCGAGGCUGGUCACCCACGAGGCUAUCGACGACCGCCACCUGGUGGGCGAGCUCUUCAAGGAGGGCCAGACGUUAUUGGUGGCCCGAGGUGGCGCAGGAGGCCGCGGGAACGCGGCCUUCAAGACCGCCAAGGAUCACGCGCCGUGGAUCCUGGAGUCUGGCGAGAAGGGUGUCUUCCGCUGGGUCGAGUGCGUGCUGAAGCACGUCGCCGACGUGGGCAUCAUCGGGGUUCCGAACGCCGGGAAGACGUCCCUGCUGUGCUCCCUGACGCGCAAGGAGGCAAAGAUUGCCGCCUACCCCUUCACCACGGUUCGCCCCAACCUGGGCACCUACCGCCAUGACGCUCACAGCAUCCUCACGCUUGUCGACGUGCCUGGCCUCAUAGACGGCGCGUGGGAGGGCCGGGGGCUGGGCUACACGUUCCUGCGCCACAUCGAGCGCUGUCGCACGCUGAUGCACGUGGUGUCCCUCGACUCGGAG